GAGAGAGAGAGAGAGAGAGAGAGAGAGAGAGUAGGUCAGCGUCGAUCAGUAGCUGUAAGGAGCAAAAGGCACCAUUAAACACUCCAUCUAGCUAUGGCACAGUAGAUCAAGAGCUAGGAGAUAGAUAGCAUUUAUAUAUAUAGAUGGGGGGGAGGAUGGAUUCACGAGGGUUCCCUUCCCUCCCUAAAGCUAGCUAGCAUGCAUAUUUCGUGCCUCCUUUUGUCAAUCUUUAUGUAUAUACAUAUAUGUACGAGGAUGGAUUCAGAUGGUUUGUUUGGUUUGUUGGUUUGAGAGGUUGAAGCUGCCAGCAUGAUCUGGUGUGGAGAUAUUUGGAUCAUAAUUAAGUUUUUCAAGGGGUUUUCGAGAAAGCCAAGGGAUUAGAAAAAAAACAGAAAUUGAAUCUCCAAAUUCCUCUUCAGCUUCAUAUAUAGAUAGGGUUUCCAUCAGGUCAUCUUGCAGCUUCAAUCACUCACUUCCGACAAAGAAAUUAAACAGACUUUUCAUAUACAUAUGUAUUUAUAUGUAUAUAUAUACACAUAUAUAUGCCCAUCUUUGGGAAUAUAUAUUAUCGUCUCGAGAACAACAAAUGGAUUCCAGAAGCAUGGUAUCUUUUCUUCAUAAGGAUCACAUGUGCUAUAUACUUGGAACUUGGAAGAAGACAUUCAAGCUCAUGCUGCUGCAUCCAUGCAUGUCACUUGAUAAAACCAUGCAAAGAUUUCCAACAGGUAAUUUCCAUUUGAUAUCCAAGAGUAGUUGGCUGUUGGCUGGAAAGCCACAUGCUUACUAAAACACCGAUCGAGGAUGAAAGGAAGGAUGCAACCACUAGUAUUUAUGUCUAAGGCUAAAACUUUUUGUGAUAUUUAUAUGUUGGUUAAAAUAAUGAUUAUUUAUUAUUAAGCGCCGCAUGUGGCAUAUAUGUUAUUUUUUUAAGUGUAUUUAUUAUAUUAAAACACAUGGAUCGUAUUUUAAUAUAAUGAGGUAAUUCAGUCAGCUCUGCGUGUUAUGUUUCCUAAGUUUUUAAAGAAAAAAAUAUAUUUCGCUGCCAAUUAUUUAACUCUGAUGAUGUCGUAAUGACACAUGGAAAUCGAAAUUUUCAUUUACACAUUUUUGUAAAAAACGGGUCGUUACAAAGAAUCUCUGAGACAAUAAUUAAGAGAAAAAUUGUCAAAGCCUUGUCACGUUAUUUAUAGUAACAUUACCUCAAACAUUAUCCCUCAUACUUGAAUAUGCUCAGGUGCCUUAUCCUUUGUUCAUUUGGCACCACGGUCCAACAAUCAUGAUGCCGUUCGCACAUGCUACGAACAAUCUCAUCGAUUUUCGACUAGAACACGAUGCAUUCUUGCCUACAGGAGCCCAGUGGCUAUCACAGAUUUCUAUUGGGAUGGCACCAUGCACAACUACCAUGUCAUUCAACUUCUUACACUUAGUCUUACCCCUAACUCGUCUAACAAACGUGGUAGCUGUUAUCUCAAAAUAUGAUAAUGUAGUCAGUUCUAUCGGGCAAAGUACUUUGUAAAAUGUCCACAAGAAACACAAAGACGACAACAACAAAAAAGAUACAAUCUAAAACACAUAUAAUUCAUAAGCACUUAUAGGAUUCAGUAGGGGCGGCUACUUGUGAAUCCAAUCCCGCAUAUGAUCGAAUGUGAUCAGAAGACUCUGUUGACCAAGGGGGACCAUCAUCGGGAUAUCUGUAACAUCAACUACAGAAUCAGAAGACUGUAUGGCAGUUGAAAUGAGGCUUUUACCUCGGCCACGACCUUGUCCAUGUAUUCCGGCCCCCUAGCCAUGGUCAACAGCAGAAUAUACUUCCUCUAUAAAAUUAAUAGUAUAUAUCAACAAUUCAAUGAGAAGUAUGGCCCUGAUUUAACGGGGGAAGUCACUCAAUCUAAUAGAAUUAAGGUUUUUUCAACAAGGAUGCAAAAAGCCUCAUAAAAUUUUCAGAACGAUAAUGUUAGUAGUAGUAACAAGUUACAAAUCGAUUCCUUUAUUCAUGCAAAUUCUAGAAGGAUUGAUGAAAGAAAAUUCCACGUAUCAAGCUCUAUUGACGAUGUCAUCUUGCCAGAGAAGCUGAUCAAACCGCAAAAAAUUAAUUGUGUCUGAAAAGCUUGGUUAUCAGGUUUGAAAAAUAUAGACUUCUAAUUUACCGUGUGUGUGUGUGAACAAUGUGUAACAAAAUAUCAAAGUGCAGAAUUUAAAUAAGACAAAUAUUUUGUUAAUGAAGUGGAAACUUAAUUCAGAGAAAAACCAUUUCGGGACAAUCAAACCCAGGAAUUCCACUAUUCAGAAGACAAAGUUAGUGACAAAGCAGUAACACUCAUAUAACCUGAUGCAGCAAUCAAACCUUGCACUCUGACACGUAACCCAACGUGAACGCUUCCCAACCAGGUCUCCUAAUUGAAGGGGUCUUCAAUGGAUUCCUUUAACUUAGGGCUCCUCCCUAAGCUAGACUUCACAUGAACAAGAACCACACACUGGGUAGGACUUAGAGAGCUAGCAAAUCUUCACAAUUUCUACCUAAACACCCUCUCUAAGCUUUAGAGAAUUCAAUACCGAAUUCUGUAAAUAAUACAUGCCUAGAUGCCUCUAUUUAUAGGCUUAGAAGACCUAAAUAGCCACUGAUUUGGAUUUUUCUAGGCGGCAUCUGGACGGAGGUAAAGAGUGUCCGGACGGUGUUGCCCUUACUUCCAGACGGAUCCACGUUGAGAUGUCAGAAUCUUCUCGACACAGGAGGGUGUCUAGACGCUUCACUGGACCAUCCAGAUGGGAACAAGGGAUUUGACUUUUGCUGAGUUGGAAACUUUGUAGAAUCUUUCUGGAACUCUGAAAUUGCCUUCUUGAAGCUUGUGACAUUGAAACUUGUCAUAAUAAGGCCCUUUCCAUAUUAGAGAAAUAAACUCUGAAUAAAUGAAAACUUCUGACAUAAUACAAUAUCCCUGUUAAGAUAGCAUCAUUACAUGAUAGUGAUUUUGUCAACAGAAUGAAGCCAACAAAACUAACGAACUCCCAUUUUGGCUAUUCUGUGACAAAAAUCACUUGACUAGUUUAAAAACAAUCCCGGUCCAAAAAUAAAAAUACUCCCCCUUUUUGUCUCAAAAGGACAAAGGGUACAUAGAGUAUAGAAAAACCACAAUUCAAAAAAUACUCCCUGAUGUGGUCGUUUUGUGUACAAAAAGAUCAAUAAUAAAUUACCAUUCGCAAUAGUACGAAUCCUUGUAGGAUAGGGCUAUAGAGAGGGUGUCGAACCUCAAGGACCACGUAGGAGUUGUUAUCAAGUUUUUCGAGAUUAAAUAUAACUUAAUUUAAAAGAUGUUUGAUUUGGUCUUUGUUUUCUAAAAAUAAAUACAUAAAAGUAAAAAACAUAAAAAUAAAGAGAGUUGUGUUGAGAGAAAGAAUAGGGAAUUGAUUUCACCACUCACCGCAUAACAAUGGUCAAUCAUAUAUUAACAAGAAAAAUUCAUACUUUGCAUGAUAUAGGGCUCAUUUCACUCUAGUAGUCAAGAAAUUACCUCUAAAGAAUAAGUAUAAUCCAUCUUUAGUUGGCACGGACUGUCCACCUAACUACUAAGAUGUGGUUCGACCCGUAUUCCUUAGGUAUGGAUUAGCUACGUUUUUAAAAGGAUACACACAAUCAAUGGAAUAGUAUAACCCAUCUUUGGUUGGUAUGUGUUAGUAUUUUGGCCUUAUUCUGUGUUUGGACAAAAUCACUUAUGUGUAAAUGAUGCGGCAAACAGGGAUUCCACUUUUCAGAGUGAAGUAAGAAGAAUUACAAAGUUCCCUGUCAGCCGUCUGGACGAUGUGUCAUCCCGUCCGGACGCCCAUCUGUCUACUGUUCCAUCCGUCCGGACGAUGUGUCACUCCGUCCGGACAUCAGACAGACAAGCAUCACCUGUCCGGACGACGUGCUUCUUCUGUCCGGACAUCUACUUCGUAUCGAGAAGCUUCUGUGCAAACUUGCUCUGUCUGGACGUUUCAGCAGCACAUCCAGACGCCUAUCAGUUCUUGAACGGAUCACUGAUUCUUUCCAAGUUUCAAGAAAGGGAAGAUCAAUCAACCGUCCGGACGAUGUGGUAUCCCGUCCGGACGUGUAUCUCCGUAAGGCAAGAAUCACAGUUCAAAAUGAACCGUCCGGACAUCUGACAACUGUGGUCCGGACGCUGGUGCAUCGUAUAUGGUAACUGACGAUUCGACUUCAAUCGUCCAGACGUAUCCCUCUCAUGGUCCGGACGCACGCGUAUCAGAUAUGGAAAUUGCGUGUUGAUGUUUAGCCGUCCGGACACUCCUGCCCCAUGGUCUGGACGGGCGAAGCCUGUUAUGGAAAUUACUUGCAGAGGACGUGCGUCCUUCCGGACGAUCGAACCAUCCCGUCCGGACGAUGUUCUUAUAGAGGAAAGAUUUCUCUGUAAAAAUAUCAGAAAAUCCUGUCGCAUAGUUGUCCGUCCGGACGGCCAUGGUCCACCGUCCGGACGGCUCCCAGGCAAAAUUUGCCUGACGCCCAUUCUGACCCCCAUCCUAUAAAUAGGGGUCCUUGGGCACUUAGAGCUGCAAGAAUUCGGUGUGAAUUCCAUUAGAGCUCAAAGACGUGAUAUCUCCUCUAAAGCCAUUUUUCAAGUGUGCUGUGCUGCAAACCGAAGUCUAUCUUAGAGGUCGGCUCUAAGGUAAGGAGUUCCAUUGAAGACCCCUUCAGGUAGGUGAACCUGGUUGGGAAGCGUUCGUGUUGGGUUACACGUCAGAGAUCAAGGUACGACCACUGCAUCGGUACAUGUGAGUGUUACUGUCUUGUAUCUAGCUUUGUCUUCUGAAUAGUGGAAUUCCUGGGUUUGGCUGCCCCGGAGUGGUUUUUCUCUUAACUGAGUUUCCACUUCGUCAACAAAAAUAUCUGUGUCAUUUACUUUCCGCUGUGCUUUAAUUUUUGUUGACACUUAUGCACACACUUUACUUUUAGAAGUCAUUUCAAUUUUUCAAUUGGUAUCAGAGCUUGGUACACUCUGAGAAGAUUAAUUUCUUGAGUGUUUUUAAUAUUUGACUUCUAUCUUUAUUAUGUCUCAAACUCUUAAUUCUGUUCCUACCUUUGAUGGCUCGAACUAUGGCUAUUGGAAGGCACGUAUGCGUUUCUUUUUGAAAUUUAUUGACUGUUGGGGUAUUGUUGAGACUGGUUGGACUAAACCAAAGGAUACAACACCUGAACUGUCCCUCAAAAGAACGCUCGUCUUUCAAAUGACAAAGCCCUCCAUGCUCUAUGCCAAGCACUUUCUCCAUCUGAAUUUGCCAAAAUUUCAAAUUGCGAAUCAGCCAAAGCAGCAUGGCAAAUUUUGGAAACAACAUAUGAAGGCACAAAACUUGUAAAAUCUGCCAAACUUCAGAUGUUGAUUUCAAAAUUUGAAGAAAUUAAGAUGUUAGAGGAAGAGACAUUUGGAGAGUUUUACUCCAAAAUAAGUGACCUAAGGAACUCCAUGGUGAGUCUUGGGAAACCUAUCUCGGAUGUAAAACUCAUCCAAAAAAUUCUCAGAUCUUUGCCCGAGCGUUUCAAGAUUAAGGUAAUGACUAUUGAGGAAAGUAAGGAUCUAGAAGAAAUGAAGAUUGAAGAGCUGGUUGGAUCUCUUCAAACAUAUGAGCUGUCUCUGCCCCCGGUCAAGAAAUUAAAGACCAUUGCUCUUAAGGCUUCCAAGAAGAAGGUAGAAGCCUCCUCUGAAGAAGAAUCUGAGGAUGAAGAAAAGGCUGUGGCGAUGCUUGCCAAAAAUUUCAGAAGACUAAUGAAAGAUGAUCGGUUCAAGAAGAAGUUUUCUGAAAAAGCCAAGAAACCUCUUAGAGAAGCUGAACCAGAGGAUGAGAAAGAUCCCAGAGGACCCCGAUGUUUUGAAUGCUCAGGCUAUGGGCAUAUCCUGGCCGAUUGCGGGAAUCUCAAGAAGGGCAAGGGGAAGGCUUUCAAUGUGACUCUCAGUGAUGAGUCCGAAGAAGAUGCUCCAGAGUCUGACAAAUUUCUGGCUUUUGUGGCCCCUUAUAUUGAAGAAGAAGACUCUUAUUAUUCGGAGCAUAGUGAGAAUGAGGUAGAGCUCAAGGAAGCAUACAAAACUCUCUGCAAAGAGUUUGAGAAGCUGAGGGAAGGCCGAAAGCAGCAAGUUAAUGAUUUGAACAGUCUGCAUACUGAGAAGAGCUCACUGCUGCUCAAGAUACAGGAGCUCGAGGAAAAGCUACUUGAGACACAGCUCCAGCUAGAGAGAGUCACUGAUGAGAAGUUGACUCAUAUGCUGUCCAUCCAGAAGAGCCCACAUGACAAGACUGGUCUCGGGUAUGUAACUUCCUCUUCUGAUAUUCCUUCUUCCUCAAAGACUGUGUUUGUGCCUCCUACAGUCCCAGAGCUCCCUCCAGUUACUGAAGAUAAACAGAAGGAAAAGGUCAAUGAUGAAGUUCCAGGCACUCAGCAGCCUCAUUCCAUCAGAAGACCUCCUGUUCGCCAUCACUGCGGUCUCAGUGGGCACAUACGGCCUCAGUGCUCCCUCUUGAAAGCACAAAAGGCCAAAGCCAAGAAAGAAGUGCCUAGACAAGCUCAGUAUUGCACUGUACCUACAGCUCAACAUCAGACUCCUUGGCAUCAGGCUCUUUGGCAUCAGGCAUCCUAUCAAGCACCAUGGGGACAAACACCAAGACAUCAGUUCCAAGCCCCUUGGUCUCAUGCUCCUCAGCGUCAGCGGCUUCAACAGCGGUUUGUACCAGCCAAUCAUAGUGGCACUUACAAGAGCAAACCUAGGCAAUUGAGAAGGCCUCAAAAGAAAUACUCCGGUGAGCCUCCUGUUUGGAUGCAAAACAUGAUGGAGUGGAUGAUGCAGCCUUGUCAGGAACCACCUACUGGAAGUCAUCCAGGCAGACUUGGGCUGAGAAGGACAGUUACCCUAGGAGGGGGAACCGACGCACCUAGUAGGUUCGGGUGUUCAUGCCUAGGAUUCUGUUCCUAAUCCUAUGGCAUCAGGAUUGAUUGCUCAUUGUAUUUGUUAUAUUUUAUGCAAUCUAGGAACAAGUUAUGUUUGCCCCCUUGUGUUUUCUUGAGAAAACUUUGCAGGUAUUUUUGGGAAAGACAGAAAAAGCAGGUCGAGCGACUGUUUUUCUGUAAUGGCAUCAUUGAGCGGAUACAGGUUUGAUCGUACCUUAGCAUAUGAUUUUUUUUUUCAUAUUGCUUGUUUUUGUUUUUUUUU